AUGCCUGAAAUCGAGGUUCCUGACGCCGAUGAGCUCGGCGGAAACGUCACCAAGCCCUUCAAGUUCGUUACGGCUGGAUACGAUGCUCGCUUUCCCAACAUGAACCAAACAAAGCAUUGCUGGCAAAACUACGUCGACUACCACAAAUGCAUCCUGGCAAAGGGAGAGGACUUCAAGCCUUGCAGACAGUUUUACCUGGCAUACCGAUCACUGUGCCCUAGUUCCUGGGUGGCCCGAUGGGAUGAUCAACGUGACGCGGGAAAUUUCCCAGUCGAUCUGGAACACUAG